GUUGCGGUCUGAAAGAGGAACCGCUGGAGAUGCGCGUGUGUGACUCAUUCAUGUUUACAUUUUGUGGGUUGUAGCUCCUCUGUGCGUCCACACGACAAUACGACCCAUACAGCAACGGAAGCGAAGACUGCCCGGUUUAUGCUACUCACCAGGAACGAGAGGACGCACUCUUUCCUAGCGACUCCAGAGGCAGACUGUGCACAAAGGAGAGAUGUGGCUCAUUGCUUUGUCUACUGAGGAGUGUGACAGUGUCUCUAAAGGCUCUUGAAGGUUUUAAGGAGGCGUGGAGACAGUCAGACGGGGGCAGCAUCUUCCUCUACCACAGUCCUGACAAAUGUAGGCUUAAUGGUGCAGGAUGGGUCUACCUGUGGACAGCCCAGACAGAAACGACGAUGUAAAUAAUUAUGAGCAGCAGGGGGAGGGCGAGGGGAGCGAAAGCCAAAAUGAAGUCUGCACCCACACGCCGCUGGCCAUCAGCAAAAAGAGGAGGAAAAAUAAGAAGAGACUGUGGAUCAACCUCACAAACUGCAAAUAUGAAAGUGUGCGGCGAGCUGCUCGCAGAUAUGGCCUCAGAGAGGCGAUGGAGGGCGACGACUGGACGCUGUUCUGGACCGACUGCUCCGUGUCUCUGGACCGCGUUAAGGACAUGAAGCGCUACCAGAAAAUAAACCAUUUCCCAGGGAUGAGUGAGAUCUGCCGUAAAGAUUUACUGGCCAGAAACAUGAACCGCAUGUUCAAGCUUUUCCCCAAAGACUACAAUAUCUUCCCCAGAACGUGGUGCCUCCCCGCAGACUACACUGACUUCCAAGCUUACACCAGGGCCAAAAAGAACAAGACAUACAUCUGUAAGCCAGACACCGGUUGCCAAGGCAAAGGCAUCUUCAUCACCAAAUCCAGCAAAGAGGUUCAACCUGGAGAACAUAUGAUCUGCCAGGUGUACAUUUCCAGGCCUUUCAUAAUUGACGGGUACAAGUUCGAUCUGCGUAUUUACGUUCUGGUGACGUCGUGUGACCCGUUCAGCAUAUUCAUGUUCAAGGAGGGACUGGCUCGCUUCUGCACGACCAAGUACAAUGAGCCGACACACGGCAACGUGGAAGAUGUUUGCAUGCAUCUCACCAACUACUCCAUCAACAAGCACAGCGAGAACUUUGUCCGUGAUGAAGACACUGGCAGCAAAAGAAAGCUGUCCACCCUCAACAAGCUCCUGGAGUCCAUCAGCUGCAACACAGAGAAGAUGUGGAGCGACAUCGAGGACGUGAUCAUCAAGACUCUGAUCUCCGCUCACCCCAUCCUCAAGCAUAACUACCACACGUGUUUCCCCAACCACACCACCGGCAGCGCCUGCUUCGAGAUCCUGGGCUUCGACGUGCUGCUGGAUCACCGGCUCAGACCCUGGGUGCUGGAGGUGAAUCACUCCCCGAGCUUUACCACCGACUCACAGUUGGACCGCGAGGUGAAGGACGCGCUGCUGUACGACACUCUGGUCCUCAUCAACCUGGGCGCCUGCGACCGACGCAAGAUCACCAAAGAGGAGAGACGCAAGGUGAAGGACAGGCUGCAGCAAAACCGCUCCAGAGAGGCCAGGUCGGAGGAGCUGCGUCAGUGCCAGGCAGCCACGGUGGAGCAGAUGGAGAGGUACGAGGCCAGACACCAGGGAGGCUUCAAGAGGAUCUAUCCUAGAGAGGGAGGAGAGAAAUAUGACAAGUACUUCAAACACAGCAGCUCACUCUUCCAGGAGACUGCGGCGUCCAAGGCCAGAGAGGAGUGUGCCAGACAACAGCUGCAGGAGCUGCGUCUGAAGCAGGAGCAAAAGGAGAGGGACCAGAAGGGAGGCCGGAGGAGAGACUUGCAGGGGGAGACAGCAGGGGAGAGAGCGAAACCGCGACGAGCCUCGACACAGCCCCCCACUUCAAGCUGUGACCCUCAGCCGCCUCCUCUGUCUAAAAUGUUGGAGGACGUGGAGGCUGUGGAAGUCGGAGCAGAGGACCAGGAGGAGGAGGAGGAGGAGGAACGGGAGGACGUGGAGGAGCAGGAGCGGAUCAGCUCUAUGCUCCAGAGAAAGAAGCUGCUGCAGGACCUGGGGGUUGUGGACCAGAUCCACCAGCUGCUGCAGGGCCGGACAGAAGGAGGGGGGGUCCUGCAGGACGCCUGCAGCCACCAACAGAGCAAGCAGGGGCAUCUGAGGUACCAGCAGAUGAAGCUGGAUUCAUUGACGCAGUUCUCUCAGAGAACAAAGCAGCAGCAGCAGCAGAUCUCACGGCAGCAGCAGCUCCACUCCCACACCACUCAGCAGCGUUUGCUCAGGUCCACCGUCGACCAGAGGAGCCUGAUGGAGUCCGGCUGCCUGCAGCAUGAGCCCGAGAGCCACAACAGAGCGGCGGAAAUCCGCAGCACGGUCAGCUCUCAGCGGAUGCCCUGGCCAGUUAGCAGCUCUCUGGCUGCCAGGCAGGACAGCAGGAGCAGCUCCCACAGCGACGCCCGGCCCCGUCCCAGCGUCCCGGCCAUAAACCACGUCCCCAGAGGAGGCCUGCGCUGCGCCUACAUGUCCCACGACCCCACGGCUCUGCAGAGCCUGCUCGUCAUCUCCUCCCGGGCCCCGCUGGUCAGGAGGCCUGGCUUCUCUCACGACGUCCGCAAGCCGUCCCGUCAGGGCCCCCAGUACAGUAAAGGGCAGUGAGGAAAACCGGCUCCCGAGAGGCCCUCGGACUGAAGCUGCUCCACAUGUAAAAAAAAAAAAAAAGACUUCACACAAACAGCAGCAGCAGCAGCAGCAGGGGAGGAGGACUGGAGGUAGAGUGGCCCUUAAACGGUGACAAUACAGAAACACGCUGUGCCUAUGAACGCCUCACACAGACAGAUUCUUACAUCUGCACACCUGCAGUUUACACUGCUCGCCACUAAAAGACUUCCAGCGCCGCAGAAACAACGUGAUAACAUUUUAACUUUUUCUACAGACUGUACGAGACUCUCUGCUCAGAUAAAUGUCUAAUUGUCUCUAACUCACCUCAGCUAGAGUGCCAAAGUAAAAGCAGACAGGCCCGAACUAACAUGUGGGAUUCAAGUCUGCACGUUUCCUCUAAGAAAGAAUUAAUUUAAUAAACUCACUGAUGAUUU